AAACAAUAAUAAUAACUCAAAUUUUUACCUAGGUAAUCAACUCUAGGGCUACAAAACAAAUAAAUGAUUUUUAUAAUUUGGGCAUGAUCAUGAUGCAAUUAUUUGAUAUACACGACGGAAACGCAAGCAUACAUUUAAACAACCCUGAUGAUAAAAUACGGAUCGCAUACGAGAGAAUUUGGCGCAUAAUUGAGGAUUUAAUUGAUCAUGGCAACAAGGACAAUUUAUGGACCUUACAUUGUUAACAGAUGCUAACACGUGGUGUAUUGACGCUCAAAAUGUGAUUGAUGCCGGUGCAUUUCAUCGUGACCAGAUUCGUGACCAUGGUCAUGUGGUUGAUCAGUGCCUAAAGCGCAUAUUUAAUUACCGUGAUUGGUCUGAUGUGGUCAGUGAUAUAGUGACUGAUCUAACUAAGCAAUAUGUUAGUUUAGCUAGAUUAAAAAUGGAGAUGACAGUUUGGACGGGUGUUGGCGUCGGCGUAAUUGCCCUGAUCAAAGAGAUAUUUCACUCGGUGUGGGACUUUUUCUUCGGGUCGGAUCGGGAAGAGUCGGGUCGGCGCUACCGGGACUACGGUCAACCGCGAAUGGUGCAGGGUACUUGCAAAAUGAACGGCAUCAUGUUCGGAGAGCAAAUCAAACGCACCGGGUCCAAAGAUUACGUGGCUAAAUACAGUGACAACGAGGGUCGCACCAUAACGGGGCUCGCGGUGUUGCCCAUCAGCGAUGACCUCAGGUCGCCCAACGCCCGGGUCAGCGCAGGUGGUGUCGGCAAAACCUAUGUGGAGGUUGAGCUCGAGUCGCCCGGCAAUUAUUGCUGGGGCUGCAAUUUCACCGUGUUCACCGCUAAGGGAGAUGCUAGUUAUCUGGCUAUCAUCAUAUCACUGACCACAUCAGACCAAUCACGCCCUAGAGUUGAUUACCUAGCAACAUGCUACAAACUCAACCAGGCCGACAUGACCAUGGGCAUCUCUGGAUCAUCCGGUGAUUUAAUGGCAGCCUGUUUAAUAGCAAAUUGUUUUGCCCGGCUAUUGGUCGACCAGAAUGAGCCG